GGCGCGCAUAGAUUAGUGGUCAGUAAGUUGUGAGAAUGUGUGGCCGAACAGAGGCUACCCUCCGAGCCUACCUGAGUCGAACACUUGGCGUAGACGAGGACUCCUGGACCAUCCAACCCUCCAACAUCGGUGGCCGGGGGGUCUUCGCCACCCGGGACUUGAAACCUGGAAACCUAGUGUUCCAUGACAGGCCGGUAGUCUGGGGUCCCAGAGCCAAGCCAGAUGAGCCCAUGUGCAGUUCCUGUGGAAGGCGGGGGCGUGUCGCCGCUUGCCCCGCUGGAUGUCCCCUGCCUGUCUGCAGCCCCAUCUGUGCUGCAUCUCCUCUUCACAUAGAGGAGUGUCGCCUAGCCAGUUCCAACAUAGACCUUCCUACUGGCUGUUGGCGUCUAGAUCUUGUAGGGAUUGUGACUCCCUUAAGAUGCCUAUUCCUAACUCCAGAGGACAGGGAAGUUGUUCAGUGUCUUCAAGGAAAUACUGGGAAGAUCCAUGGUGUUGAGGUUGAUUUGAUGAAGCACCACAUGAAAGGCAAGUUGAAGCGAGAAGACGAGGAGUGGAUGCGUCAGUGUUGCUGUGUCAUGGACACAAACUCUUUCGAGUUUCUUCGAGUGUUUGAGGACGGCGCUCAAACCAGCCUUCGAGGCCUGUACCCUCUGGCAUCCAUAAUGAACAACGAGUGCAGUCCUAACACAUGCCAUGUUUAUGACGCUAAUGGAAUUAUGAAGGUAGUGGCAGCCAGGGCUAUUACCAAAGGAGAAGAAGUUACAACUUCUUACAGUGUUCUGCUGUGGAGCACAAACAUCCGCAGGAUAAACCUGGCCAAGACAAAACACUUUCUUUGUAGAUGUUCUCGCUGUUUGGACCCCACAGAGUUUGGUUCAAUGCUAUCCUGUCUGCCUUGUACCGAUGUUCAGUGUCGAGGUCUGCUCCUCCCGGGGAACCCUCUGAAACCGAAUUCUCCUUGGUUUUGUGGCUCUUGCUCUAUGGAGGUAUCAGCCAAGCAGGCCGCCCAGUUACAGGCCGCCCAGGGUGGCUUGGUACAGACCCUCAGCUUGUCAGAACCACCCUCAGUAGCCCAGUUCCUCACUGACAGCUCACUCCCUCCUCAGAGCCAAGUCAUAGUGCAGCUGAAGCUAGGGUUGGUUUGGCAGCUUGGCCACAAGCCUACCUUCACUUGGCCAGAACUCUCAGAAGAUCUGCUGGACCUGAAAGUCAGAUGCUGUAGAGACAUUCUACAUUUGUUAGAACUGCUUAAUCUUGGAGAAUGUCGCACUAAAGGACUUAUUCUAAUGGAACUACAUGCUGCGCUGAGUGAAAAAUAUCGAAGAUUAAAAAACUGUAAUCAACAAUGCCAGGACAUCAAAGAUGAAGCAAAGUCAGUAUUGAACGCUGCAAUUUUCAUUUUGGGACAUGAUGCAGCAGCACAGAAAGAUUUGAAAAUAAGAUUGGAAGAGAUGUCUCAAAUGGCAUAGGUUUCACCAGUCUAUUCCGUGAUACAUUCCUGUGGUGCAAUGUAUAUAUACAUCAGAGUAAAACGUCUAACUGAAAACUGAAACUGUCGCUUUCCUUGACCUCACUAUUGCAAGGAUGUAUAUGACUGUAAUGGACUUCUCUAACGUUACUCCGUUCAAAAAAUUUAGGCUGUUUUCUGGGAAGAUUUACAGGGUGUUAAUAGAAAACUUUACAACUUUAAGAAACCCCAAAACUUUUAUAACAAUCAAAGUCUAGGAAAUCAUUUCAAGUUUUGGUACAUAAUAAAGGAAUUUACCUAACUUCAAUUUACAAUUAUUUGAACGCAAAUAAGUCUUCGGACCAAUCACAAACCAUAAAAAGAGUCAAUUUAUUUCAGCAAAGUUUAAAUUUGAAGUUUAUAAGCACGGAAUCAAAGCAAUUUCAGGAUUCUGUAUACGGUAGUGGUUUAGUGUGCUACUCUUCUGCCGCACAUCUCAUGGACUGUUCACAAAUAUUGGUUGAACACGACACACAUCUUCCUCGCUAACUCGGGGUUGGCUGUUCCCUUUCUUGUGAUGGAUGGAAACUGACCUUUAUUCAUUCAAACUUAUAAUAACUAGAACCAAGCCCUAAUUGUAGGACUUAAAGGAGGAUUUCUAUUGUAUCUUGGCCAAAAACUCCGUUGAACAACAUCAUUCUUAGUUUCAA